GUGAAGAUCCUGACACACAAAACUCGGUUAAUAAUUUCAACUGAAAAACCCUAAGCGUCAAAGGACAUUCUCUUGAGGACUCUUCUUUUCAUUCCGCCUAUCAUGGGCAAGAAAGUGGCCAUCGUAGGAGCUGGAGUCAGUGGCUUGGCCGCAAUACGGUGCUGUUUGGAGGAAGGGCUGGACCCCAUCUGCUUUGAAAGAAGCAACGAUGUUGGAGGCCUAUGGAAAUUUUCGAGUCACGCAGAGGAAGGAAGAGCCAGCAUUUACCAGUCGGUCUUCACCAACUCUUCCAAAGAGAUGAUGUGUUUUCCAGACUUCCCCUAUCCUGAUGAUUUCCCAAACUACAUGCAUCACAGCAAGCUCCAGGAAUACAUCAAGUCGUUUGCUCAGAAGAAGGGUCUUUUGAGAUAUAUACAGUUUGAGACCUUGGUUUCCAGUAUAGAGAAAUGCUCUAGCUUCUUGACCACUGGUCAAUGGGUAGUUGUUACUGUAAAGGAUGGCAAGCAAGAAUCUGUGCUCUUUGAUGCUGUGAUGAUCUGUUCAGGACAUCAUGUGUACCCCAAUAUGCCAACUGACUCUUUUCCUGGCCUAGAGCACUUUCAAGGCAAAUGCCUGCACAGCCGGGAUUACAAAGGCCCUGAAGCCUUCCAGGGGAAGAAGGUCCUUGUGAUUGGCCUGGGAAACUCAGCAUCUGACAUUGCUGUUGAACUCAGUCGUCUGGCUACACAGGUCAUUAUCAGCACCAGAAGCGGUUCCUGGAUCAUGAGUCGGGUUUGGAAUGAUGGGUAUCCUUGGGAUAUGGUAUAUGUUACCCGAUUCGCAUCCUUCCUCCGGAAUAUCGUUCCUUCUUUUGUCUCUGACUGGUUAUAUGUCAAGAAGAUGAACACAUGGUUUAAGCAUGAGAACUAUGGCCUGAUGCCUUUAAAUGGCCCGCUCAGGAAAGAGCCCGUGUUCAAUGAUGAGCUCCCAGCCCGCAUCCUGUGUGGCACUGUAUCCAUCAAGCCCAUCGUGACCACGUUCACAGAGACCUCUGCCGUGUUUGAGGAUGGGACCGUGUUUGAGGCCAUUGACUGUGUCAUCUUCGCCACAGGCUAUGGCUAUGCCUACCCCUUCCUGGAUGACUCCAUCAUCAAAAGCAGAAAUAAUGAGGUCACCUUGUACAAAGGCAUCUUCCCUCCUCAACUAGAGAAACCAACCAUGGCAGUGAUCGGCCUUGUCCAGUCUCUGGGUGCUGCCAUCCCUACAGCUGACCUCCAGGCACGCUGGGCUGCUAAAGUGUUUACAAACACAUGUGUCCUGCCAACUACAAAUGAAAUGAUGGAUGACAUCGAUGAGAAAAUGGGCAAGAAACUCAAGUGGUUUGGCCAGAGCCACACUCUGCAGACAGAUUACAUCACAUACAUGGAUGAGCUGAGCUCCUUCAUAGGAGCCAAGCCUAACAUACCCUGGCUCUUCUUGACUGACCCCAAGCUAGCCCUGCAGGUGUACUUUGGCCCUUGUAGUCCAUAUCAGUUUCGAUUGAUGGGACCAGGGAAGUGGGAUGGAGCUAGAAAUGCCAUCCUGACCCAAUGGAAGCGGACGGUAAAGCCAACCAGGACAAGAGCUGUUGGUGAAGCACAGAGACCACAUCAUCUUUACGACUUGCUACGAAUGCUUUUCUUCCCAGUGUUCUUUCUGGCUAUUUUACUCACCUUUUAUUAAUAACAAAGUCUUCCGGGUGCCAGAGUCCAGCCUAGAAGUGUAAUCACUUGAGUAUAACACACAAACACAUGUAGGCACACACAAUUGCCAAAGGCCCUCCUUUCCUUCCGGCAGAUGUGAAAUGCAUCCUGGAUCAUUUGACUCAAAAGAUAAAUAAAAUGAAAAAUACCCA